AUGCAAGAGGAUUUGGAGAGGCAAGAGCGAGAAACUAGAAAAAGAAGACGUAGACGAGCUGCAAGCAAAAGGGCGCAGAGAGACCUAGAUCAGCAACUUGUCAUGGUAGUGGCUUUGCUUGAUGAAGAAAACCAGAGCCGUCGUGGUUCACAAGAAGGCUGUGGCCUAAAUGUGAACAGACAUAGACAUUCUCAGGUCAUGCAUGAUAUUUGCAAUUAUGAUGAAUACUUUGUUCAAAAGAAAAAUGCUGCUAGAAAUUUGGGACUUCUUCCAGAACAAAAGUUCACAGUUGUUAUACGAAUGUUGGCUGGAAACUCUGUACACCAGGGACUACCUACGCAAACCUACGCCCAGGGACCUAUAACGGCUUCUACAAAAAGCCGAAACUUGAGGAUUUCCUGGAAUGAUUGCCCGAAUAUCACUUAUGAAAUCAACAAUAUCGUCUACCAUAAUGGGUAUUAUCUAGCUGACGGCAUCUACCCGAGGUGGACCACAUUUGUGAAAUCAAUUCCACAUCCUCGAUCCCAUAAGCAAAAAUUAUUUGAUGCCUAUCAAGAAGGUUACAUAAAAGAUGUGGAGAGGUGCUUUGGUAUCAUCCAAGCUCGGUGGGCUAUUAUUAGGGGUACGGCACGUCUGUUUGAUGAGAAGGUGCUUAGGAGCAUAAUGAUGACAUGCAUCAUCCUCCAUAACAUGAUUGUGGAGGAUGAGUAUGAUUAA